AGUGGUCGUCUACAAGCAAAAAAUGGAAACGCAGACACUGAAAACCAAUGUCCGUCUGGAAUUGCUGUAAGGAAGAGAAAAGCUGAGGAAACAAAGUUAUCACAAGACCAUUUACAGGAAACAAAGAGACACAACUAUGAGAUCCAGGGCUGCUGGUCACAGAUAAGGGCUGGAGCGGCUACCCCAUGCGUUCUUAUUGAAACACCACAAAAGGAAUCUCCUGUCACUCCUGAUGUCUCAAGCUUCACACGAUACCGGUUCCAGAAUCUCUUCAUAAAUCCAUCUCCAUUACCAGACCUCAGUUGGGGCAACUCAAAAGAUGUGUGGCUUAAGUUGCUGAACAAAGAGAACAAAUACACCCACUCAAGUCAGAUGCUACAAGAGCACAGUGCACUAACUCCUGACAUGCGCUCUAUUUUAUUGGACUGGUUAAUAGAGGUUUCAGAAGUCUAUUCGCUACAUAGAGAAACCUUCUACCUCAACCUCGCUCAAGAUUACUUUGAC